GGAUCAGGGAUGGAUCAGGGAUCGGUGACCGGUGACCGAGAGAGAGGAGGAGAGACGGUCCCUGUCACGUGACUCUGUGUUUCCCUGUUAACAACAUGGCUGCCGAGGAUCUGCCGUCUGAAUUUGACAUCGUCAUUCUGGGCACAGGUCUUGCAGAGUCCGUGGUGGCAGCAGCCUUCUCCAGAGUGGGUCAGAGAGUUCUUCAUGUGGACAGGAGGAGUUACUACGCCGCCAGCUGGGCCAGCUUCACCUUCAGCGGCCUGCUCACCUGGAUCCAGCAGCACCAGGAGGAGUCUCAGCCAGAGGAGGUUCAGGAUUGGUCGAGCCUGUUGGAGGAAGGGGAGGAGCUGAUCUACCUGUCACACUCAGACCCCGCCUCCGUCAGUAACCUGCAGGUGUUCUGCUACACCAGUGAGGAAGACGAGGAGGAAGCUCCGAGUGCUGAUCCUCCAAACACGACAGAAGAAGAAGCAGCAGGAGGAGCUGAAGAAGACGCCACCAAAGAAACUCCGGAGACAGAAAGUGCAGAUUCAGUAGAAGAAGAGAAGGAGGCGGAGCCAGAGGAAGAGCAGCAGGUCUCCCAGACAGAGGGGGAGGAGCCAGAGGCAGGUCAACCAACCCCCUCUGCCGAUCUUAGCCAAUCGGAGCCAACCAGGAAGAAGAUCAGCUACGCUCAGCUGGUGAAGGAAGGACGCCGCUUCAACAUCGACCUGGUCUCCAAGCUCAUGUAUUCUCGCGGCUCAUUGGUCGAUCUGCUCAUUAAGUCAAACGUCAGUCGCUACGCAGAGUUCAAGAACGUCACCAGGAUCCUCACCUACCGUCACGGGAAGGUGGAACAGGUGCCCUGCAGCAGAGCGGAUGUGUUUGCGAGUCGUCAGCUGUCGAUGGUAGAAAAGAGGAAGUUGAUGCGUUUCCUCACUUCCUGUGUAGAGGAGACGGAGGAGCAGCGGGCCUACAACGGUCGGCCAUAUUUGGAAUUCCUGUGUGACCAGCAGCUUGGUGACAACCUGCAGCACUUCCUGCUUCACUCCAUUGCCAUGGUAACAGAAGACACGCCCACAGAGGUGGGCCUCGCCUCCACACGUCACUUUUUGCGCUGCCUGGGUCGCUAUGGCAACACACCCUUCCUGUUUCCUGUCUACGGCCUCGGAGAGAUACCCCAGUGUUUCUGUAGGAUGUGUGCUGUGUUCGGAGGAAUCUACUGUCUGAGACACUCGAUCAACUGUCUGCUGGUCGACAAGGACACCAACAGGUGUAAGGCGGUGAUAGACAGUCGAGGACAGCGAAUCAGCUGCAGCCAUUUUGUGGUGGAGGACAGCUACGUGGGGGCGGAGCGGAAGAGGAUGGCCACACCUGCCAGGUUCCUCUCCAGAGCGGUUCUGAUAACAGACAGCUCCGUUCUGCCCAGUAACUCAGACCAACAGGUCUCCAUGGUAACGGUUCCUCCAAUAGCAGCAGGGAGCCCGGCGGUGAAGAUGGUGGAGCUGUGUCCGUCCACGAUGACCUGCAUGCCUGGAACAUAUUUGGUCCACCUCACCUGUCAGUCUGUUGGCUCCGCCUACGAGGACCUGUCGCCGCUGGUUACCAGGAUGUUCUGCACGCCAGAGUCACAUGACCCAGAGGACCGCCCUUCCGUCCUCUGGUGUCUCUACUUCAACAUGGCCGACGGUUCUGGGCUGGAGGUCGAAGGUCACGACCUCCCAUCUAACGUGUACGUGUGCUCUGGCCCGGACGGCGAUCUGGGACACGAACACGCCGUCCGUCAGGCCCAGGCCAUCUUCCAGAAGGUCCUCCCUGAGGAGGAGUUCUGUCCUCCUGCUCCCAACCCUGAAGACAUCAUCUACGACGGAGACAACACCUCCUCCUCCACCACAGGAGAGGAGGAGGACAAGGACGGAGCAGGAGAGGAGGAGGAGGCGAAGGAGGAGGCGCCAGAGGAGCAGCAGAUCUUUCAUCCUGAGGAGUAACAGAUAGAAACUUUACAAACAAACAAACCUUCCAUAGAAGCCAAAAGCUCCUGCAGUGCAUUGUGGGUUAAAGUUGCCUUCAUUGAUCGUCUUUUAUAAUUUGUGUCAUUUCAGCUUCUGUCGUAUUUAAAUCUGUCAAACAUUAAAGUGUCAACGUGAA